AUGUGGUAUGCCACGGUAAUUUUGUUGGUAAAUGUUGUGCUGGCGCUGCUGGUUUUUGGAGAGAUGGGCUAUCUUUUGGUUCGAGCGUUAUGCAGUAAAAAUUUUACCUUCGACUCUGAAUUCUGUCAAAAACACUUUUGGAACAAGAAAACCAUUUCACUCACCCUGGGUAACUCGAUUUACCUCUUGAAGGGGCAAAUUCUGAUGGAAACGGAAACCAUAGAGCCUUUGAUUGCUGAAUCCGAUGGCAAAUUUAAGUUGGACGAUAAUUUUGUCGACCUUGUUAUUUACACCGGAAGGGCAGAACACAAAUUUAAUACCUUGUCUGUUAGACACGAAAUAUUCGAUGUCUAUUUGAAGCCACAACAUGGAUCAGUGGCUAUCAACACAGUCAAAGAGUUAUUUCUUCCCAACAAAGAUACUCAAAAUCCAUCUAAAAUUCUUGUGAUUGGUCGCCCGGGGAUUGGAAAGUCCCUGCUGUGUACGAAAAUAUCGUGUGACUGGGGCAAGGAUGACUUGUUGCCUUACUUUCACCUAUUUUAUUUGAUCCGAUUUAGAUGGUUCAACGAUGAGACAUUACAGAAGAUAUCUCUCAAAGAAUUGUUAUGUCGUUUACACCCAGAAGGCAGCAAUGAUGAUGAGCUACUCCAGUACGUUUUAGACAACCCUGAAAAAGUAAUCAUUGUGUUUGAUGGCCUAGAUGAAUUUGAGAACCAUUCACGCUGUCUGGAAGAUGAUGAAACAUACGGUGGAAACAAUGCAAAGGAAGAAAUGCCUCUCUCUGCUCUUUAUGUUAAGCUAAUGAAAGGAAAGCUGCUUCCAGGAGCCACAAUUUUAACAACCAGUAGACCUAAUGCAGUACAGAGCAUUGCACACCUCACUCAAUUGUGCUUUAACAGGAAGGUGGAGAUAAUGGGUUUUACAACUGAGAAGAUCAGGAAGUAUGUGGAGAAACAUUUUGAUGAAGAGAGAGUAGAUGGAAUAUGGAGUCAUAUCAGUAGCAAUUUGGAGUUGCUGUCAUUAUGCUACAUCCCAGUGAACACGCGCAUUAUUUGCUCUCUGUUGGAGGAAUGCCUCAAACUCCAAGAACAGAAUCCAACUCACAUGGCUUUUCCAUCAACUUUAACCAAAGUUUACAAAGGAGCUCUGAAAUUGUUUAUCUUCAAACAUCAUUCAGAAUUUAAAGGUAAACCAUUAACAGAGGACUUUCUUAUGGGAAAUGUUGACUUCCCCGAUCCUGUAGAGAAAACUUUGAUUAAGGCAGGAGCAUUGGCAAAAGAAGGCAUAGAACAAGGACGACUGGUGUUUGAUUCACGCGAAGUGCAGGGAAUAGAGAAAUGUGGUUUGUUUAACCGCAUGCCAAACAGAAAAGUUUCAAGCUCCAAAUUUAAGUCACAAUACUGCUUUCUUCACUUGACAUUUCAAGAAUUUCUUGCUGCAAGGGAAAUUGCUAAAAUGGACCCUGGUGAGCUCAAGAGUUUUGUCAGAAGAAAUGCCUCAGACCCAAAAUGGCAUCUGGUGCUUCAGUUUGUAGCAGGUCUACUUGGUGAUAAGAGAAGUAAAGCAGUUAUUGUUUUUGUAAACAUGCUUUGUGGCACCAUGGAAAAAUCUGAACCAACCAGGAUGUCAGGGUGGAUGGCUCUUCUCAUGAUGAAAUGCUUGUACGAGUACAAUGAUGAAGCCACAGUAAAGCAGGCUGCUACUGAAAUACUGAGUAGUAUCACAUCUGACAUCACAAUUGGUCUGCAAAGUUGUAGUGUCACGGCUCCUGACUGUGUGGCUAUUGUUUACUUGAUAAAGCAUCUCCAGGUAAACAUUGUGUUGCACCUUGCUCAUAAUCUUAUAACAGACGAAGGUGUAUCACACCUGUGUGCUUCACUAAAAGAUGAACAUUGUAAACUCACAAAGUUGGACCUUUUAGACAACAAUAUAUCAGACAAAGGUGUAUCACACCUGUGUGCUGCACUGAAAGAUGAACAUUGUAAACUCACAAAGUUGGACCUUUUAGGCAACAAUUUAUCAGACCAAGGUGUAUCACACCUGUGUGCUGCACUGAAAGAUGAACAUUGUAAACUCACAAAGUUGGACCUUUCAGGCAACAAUAUAUCAGACGAAGGUGUAUCACACCUGUGUGCUGCACUGAAAGAUGAACAUUGUAAACUCACAAAGUUGGACCUUUUAGACAACAAUAUAUCAGACCAAGGUGUAUCAGACCUGUGUGCUGCACUAAAAGAUGAACGUUGUAAACUCACAAAGUUGGAGCUUUUUGACAACAGUAUAUCAGACAAAGGUGCAUCACACCUGUGUGCUGCACUGAAAGAUGAACAUUGUAAACUCACAAAGUUGGACCUUUCAAACAACAGUAUAUCAGACCAAGGUGUAUCACACCUGUGUGCUGCACUGAAAGAUGAACAUUGUAAACUCACAAAGUUGGAACUUUCAGGCAACAAAAUAUCAGACCAAGGUGUAUCACACCUGUGUGCUGCACUGAAAGAUGAACAUUGUAAACUCACAAAGUUGGACCUUAGACGCAACAAUAUAUCAGACGAAGGUGCAUCACACCUGUGUGCUGCACUGAAAGAUGAACAUUGUAAACUCACAAAGUUGCACCUUUCAGGCAACAAUAAAUCAGACGAAGGUGUACCACACCUGUGUGCUGCACUGAAAGAUGAACAUUGUAAACUCACAAAGUUGGACCUUUCAUACAACAAUAUAUCAGAAGAAGGUGCAUCACACCUGUGUGCUGCACUGAAAGAUGAACAUUGUAAACUCACAAAGUUGGACCUUUCAUGCAACAAUAUAUCAGAAGAAGGUGCAUCACACCUGUGUGCUGCACUGAAAGAUGAACAUUGUAAACUCACAAAGUUGAACCUUUCAGACAACAAUAUAUCAGACAAAGGUGUAUCACACCUGUGUGCUGCACUGAAAGAUGAACAUUGUAAACUCACAAAGUUGGACCUUUCAAACAACAGUAUAUCAGACCAAGGUGUAUCACACCUGUGUGCUGCACUGAAAGAUGAACAUUGUAAACUCACAAAGUUGGACCUUUCAUUCAACAAUAUAUCAGACCAAGGUGUAUCACACCUGUGUGCUGCACUGAAAGAUGAACAUUGUAAACUCACAAAGUUGGACCUUGGACAAAACAAUAUAUCAGAGCAAGGUAAAUCACACCUGUGUGCUGCACUGAAAGAUGAACAUUGUAAACUCAUAAAAUUGGGUUAA